AUGUCGACAUCGGGACAACCGAUUCAGUCUCGCGGCUUUCAGACCUCGCUUGAUCUUGCCCGCAGAACCGUUUAUGAUGUAGCGCCGGUGGCAGGGCACAAGAGGCCAUCGAACGAGCAGCCUUUUGAGUCCGCCGAAUCAGUCUCGGGCGUCCAACACAUGACAGUGUUGUCCGGGCCCAACGACGCGCCCAAUAUCCUAGAGUCAACACCCUUGGAAUCAGCUCGAGCCUUGGCCCCUCCGUCGGGUCGAUUUACCGCUAGCAGGAUCCGUUCGGGCGCGGGCGCCUCAUCCCCAGAGGAUGAGCCAACGAGGGUCCCUUCCAUCGCCCCGGGUUCCAGUCAGAAUCCCCUGCUGGCCCUGUCGCAUCCCAAAUACGGCUUGCCCCCAGCGCUGACGGCCAAAUUUGCGGCCUUAGGUGUCAAGACCAUCUAUCCAUGGCAGGCCUCGUGUCUACUGGCUCGCGGCCUGUUGUCUGGGGAACGGCAUUUGGUUUACACUGCCCCCACGGGUGGAGGUAAGUCCCUGGUCGCUGAUGUAUUACUUCUCAAGCGGAUCAUUGAAAACCCUACGCGCAAGGCCAUCUUGGUCUUGCCGUAUGUCGCCUUGGUCCAGGAGAAGCUCAAAUGGAUGCGUCGCAUCGUGCAAGAUGUGGAAAAACAUCUUCCUGACCAGGAAGAGGAUUCCAACGGCCCGCACAAGCGAUGGAAACGAUUGCAGAAAUCGGUUCGCGUAACUGGAUUUUUCGGCGGCAGCCGCACGACGGCCACCUGGGCUGAUACCGAUAUUGCCGUCUGUACCAUAGAGAAGGCCAAUUCCUUAAUCAAUACUGCCAUCGAGGAGUGUACCAUUGGUGAUCUCGGCGUGGUGGUGCUAGAUGAACUCCACAUGCUCGACGACGAGCACCGGGGGUACCUUUUGGAACUCAUGGUCACCAAACUGCUGUUGCUUCAGCAGGACAUCCAGAUUGUUGGCAUGAGUGCGACGCUUUCUAACACCGAGAUGCUAGCUCAGUGGAUGAACGCGAAGUUUUAUAUAUCCACUUAUCGCCCGAUCCCAAUUGACGAGUACCUGGUCUAUGAGAAUGCGAUCUACCCGGCUGCGACAUCGAGGCAACUCUUUCAAACCGCAUCCAAGUUGACAGCUUCUACUUCCUUACACGAUACUAUCCCUCCCUAUCGAAUCAUCGAGCCUUCGUCAUUCAAAGAGCUCAGCAAUUCUGCCACAAAUGCAAUGAUUGCAUUGGCAGUCGAGACAGCUGCCGCCGGCUUUGGGGCGUUGGUUUUCUGCGGCAGUCGUCAAGCGUGCCAGAUCCACGCUGCCACCAUCAGCGAGGCAAUGCCCAACUUACCCGCAGACGGGACCGAUGAAAUGAACAAGCGAUUAGAUCUUCUUGCCGAAUUGCGGAGUCUCACAUGUGGACUGGACCCCGUUCUUCAGACAACGAUUGUCAAAGGGGCUGGGUUUCAUCAUGCUGGCAUGACGACAGAAGAACGGGAGUUGAUUGCCCACGCCUACGACCAGGGCGUAUUGAGGGUACUAGUAGCCACCUGCAGUCUCGCCGCUGGGGUGAAUCUUCCUGCUAGACGAGUCAUCAUAAACGGUGCUCGAAUGGGUCGCGAAUUAGUGGGCCCUGCAAUGCUACGCCAAAUGUGUGGACGCGCUGGACGCAAAGGCAAAGAUGAAGCCGGGGAAACCUAUUUAAUAUGCGUCAAGGCCGACAUGCAGGCUGUUUGUGACUUACUAGAUGCGGACAUGCCAGCUAUCAAGAGCUGUUUGGCCCCCGAGAAGAGAGGCCUCAAGAGAGCGCUGUUGGAAGCGAUCGCAACAGGAUUGGUAUCCGGAUGCGAAGCGAUAAAAGAAUACGUGCGAUGUACGCUUCUAUGUCGCACUCUCGAUAAGAAGCUUGUGUACACCAUCAUGAAGUCUGCAUUGCAGGAAUUGGUCGAUGAAGAGCUGGUUCUUUUCAAAGAGGACGAGUCCUACGAAGCCACACAGUUAGGAUCCGCUGUUGUGGCAUCGGCCUUUUCUCCUGAGGACGGACUCUUCGUCUAUGAGGAGCUCAAACGAGCCCUGCAAGCUUUCGUCAUGGACGGCGACAUGCAUAUAUUUUACAUGUUUACUCCCCUGCAAGCAGCCAUGAGCACCCCGAUUGACUGGCCAACUUUCCGCGACCAGCUAGACCGACUCGACGAGAGUGGGAUUCGUGCACUGCAGUUCGUCGGGGUGCAGCCAGGAUUUGUGAACAAGAUGGUCCUAUCCGGCGCCACUCUCAAAGAAACAACCCCCGAUCAAAUCAAACAAGCUCGCAUCUACCGUCGCGCCUACACGGCCUUCCAGCUACGCGACCUGAGCAACGAGGUCCCCCUCUCGACCAUCGCCCAGCGCUACCAAAUCCCCCGCGUUUCCGUGCAGACGCUAGCGCAGCAAUGUCACGGGUUCGCCGCGGGCAUUGUCAAGUUCUGUCAGCGUAUGAACUGGGGCAUGCUGGCUGCCGUGCUGGACCAUAUGCGGGAUCGACUCGAGGCCGGCGCCCGCGCCGAUCUGCUCGAGAUGGCGCAGGUGACGUUUGUGAAGAGCUGGACGGCCCGGCUGCUUCGCGAGAACGGGUUUCGGAAUCUGCGGGCUUUGGCUGAAGCCGAUCCCAAGGAUCUUGUGCCGGUGUUGAUGAUGGUGAACCCUCGCAAGGCGCAGAAGAGCCAGCUCUUUCCUACCGAGGCCGAGCGGUAUGCUGCCAAACUGGUGGUUAAGGCGGAGGCGAUUGUUGCCUCUGCGAAUAAAAUCUGGGAACGGGAGAUGCAGCUAGACUUGGAGGAAUGA